AUGGAUUUAGUGAAGCCACCGCAGCCGCUGGUGCUGUCCGGUAGCACCGUGAAGAACUGGAGCCUCUUCAAGCAGCGGUUCGAGCUGUUCCUGCAGGCCACGGAGCAGCCGAAAGAAACACGGACGCCGGAGAGGACCAACGAAAACAAGGAAGAUUAUGAAACAGUUACAAAGAAGUUUGAGGAGUACUGCAAGCAGCAGCAGAACGAAGUGUACGAACGCACUCGCCAACAGGUCAAGGAAUUUUCCGAGCUGUUUCAGGGCAUCGGCUGUCUAGCACGCCAGUACCACAUAGUUCUGCGGGACUAUGCAGCACCGGUAGUCCAGCUGGUGCGACGGGUGCCCUUGGUGUUGCUCGAGCCCCUGCGAGAAGAGCUAGAUCGAAUGGAACGCGCUGGAAUCGUGGCCAAAGUCAGCGAACCGACGGACUGGGUGAGCCCGUUUGUUGCAGCACUCAAAAAGGAUGGGAAACUGCGCAUAUGCAUUGACCCGAGGCGAAUUAACGAGUGCCUAAAGCGAGAGCAUUAUCAAAUGCCGCGACGAGAAGACAUUGAGGCUGAGCUUGCCGAGUACCAGGAAGCCAGCGUGCAUGUGGCGAAAGACGUACCCAGCCUUCUGACCGAGUUCAAGUCCCUCUUCCAGCCAGGUGCGGGUGCAUUUGCCGGCACGACGGCUGGCAUCUAUGUACCUGAGGAAGCCCGGAAGCCCGGCCACGUUUUUUCAAGUCUCGCCCACUGCCAUUCAGCCUGA